ACAAAACUAGCUUUCAUUUUAGUAAAUUGUAAAAUAUUUUGUGGAUUUUUGGACGUUUAUAUUUCUUUUUUGUACUGAGAUGAUGCACCAGAUGGCAAGCCAGCCACGGCCAUUUUCCCAUCAUGCGCAAGUUGCCCCGUUGUCUGAUGCGGAACGAGAGAAGAUCUAUUCAUGGAUCAUCGAGCUGUCGAAUGCUGAGACAAGAGAACAUGCCCUUCUUGAAUUAAGUAAAAAAAGGGAGGUGGUUCAAGAUUUGGCUCCAAUGCUAUGGCACUCCUUUGGAACAAUCGCUGCACUUCUUCAAGAAAUUGUCAACAUUUACCCUGUGAUUAAUCCUCCAAAUUUGACAGCUCACCAGUCCAACAGAGUAUGCAAUGCCCUUGCAUUGUUGCAAUGUGUUGCCUCACAUCCUGAGACACGAACAUCAUUCUUACAAGCGCAUAUUCCACUGUUUCUAUAUCCUUUCCUACACACAACAAGCAAGACUAGACCAUUUGAAUAUCUUAGACUCACCAGCUUGGGAGUUGUUGGUGCCCUUGUGAAGACGGACGAGCCAGAAGUGAUAAAUUUUCUCCUCACUACAGAAAUCAUUCCUUUGUGUUUAAGAAUAAUGGAGUCUGGUAGUGAAUUAUCAAAAACUGUAGCCACAUUCAUUCUUCAAAAGAUUCUCCUGGAUGAGACUGGCCUGUCAUACAUUUGUCAGACAUAUGAACGGUUUUCUCAUGUGGCAAUGAUACUGGGUAAAAUGGUGUUAGCGUUAGCAAAGGAUCAGUCCGCAAGACUUUUGAAACAUGUUGUGCGAUGUUACCUCAGGCUGUCUGACAACCCCAGGGCGAGAGAAGCUUUGCGUCAGUGUUUGCCCGACCAGCUUAAGGACACAACAUUCGGAAAUUGUCUGAAAGAUGAUCCUUCAACAAAACGAUGGUUGAAUCAACUGAUGAAGAACCUGUUAGAGCCGCCUGCAACUGAUCCCAGAGGCAUUCCCUUACCCACUUAGUAAACUGAUGAAAAUAUGUACUAUACAGAAUUCACCCUUGUAAUAUACCGACACAUGUGAAAUAGUUAUUUUCUAAUUAUCACGACUUGAAUUUCGAAG